AUGAGAACCCGGAUCAAGAGGCAGUGCUUGUGGAGGAAAGUAGCGGGGAAUCCGAAACCAUCAGAAAUAUGGGACUGUGAAACUAUUGUCUCUACAUAUUCAAAUCUUGACAACCACCCUGCUAAAAUUGUUGCUCCUGGAGGAAGGAGGAAGAAGAAAUUAACAGAAACCAUAUCCGGAGCUCAAAGUGUUGUCAGCCAAAUGAUAGUUCUAAAGGGUAGAGAAAAGCUUCCUGUAGGCUUUUUACCCCAAAGAGAGAUGCAUGGCGUAGAAAAGGUGAAAGCUAAUAAAGAUCCAAAUAAUUCAAGAACAGAACAGCAGAAGAGGAAACCACGCAGUCUAGAGAAUAAGGAUGAAAUGAAAGAGAGAUUCUUGUCAAUAGUGUAUGACCAUGUGAUAAAUCCAGGGCAUUGGACUGAGGACAUGAGGGAUGAUGCACUUGAGCCUGCAGAUUCGUACAGUAGGAAUUUGACUGUAGUGGAUGUGGGUGGGGGUACAGGGUUCACCACUCUUGGGAUUGUAAAGCAUGUAGAUGCCAAGAAUGUCACCAUUCUUGAUCAGUCACCCCACCAACUUGCCAAGGCCAAGAAGAAGGAACCCCUGAAGGAGUGCAAGAUUAUUGAAGGUGAUGCUGAGGACCUCCCUUUCCCGACUGAUUAUGCUGAUAGAUACAUCUCUGCUGGAAGUAUCGAGUACUGGCCAGAUCCGCAGCGCGGUAUCAAGGAAGCAUACAGAGUACUAAAACUUGGGGGCAAAGCCUGUCUCAUUGGCCCUGUGUAUCCAACCUUUUGGCUUUCUCGCUUCUUUGCUGACAUGUGGAUGCUCUUCCAAAGGAAGAAGAGUAUAUUGAAUGGUUUCAAAAGGCUGGCUUUACAGAUGUGUGAAACCGGCAUCAGGAGACUCUCCACUGCAGCUGGCCAUCUCCUUUGCUGGACAAAUCUUGACAAGGAAGCAGAAGAUAUUGAAUCUCCACAGGCUGCUGCAGACGUGAUCCGCCGGUGCAAGGAAUAUGCUAAAAAGUAUGAAAAUGAGAACCCGGAUCAAGAGGUAGUGCUUGUGGAGGAAAGUAGCGGGGAAUCCGAAACCAUCAGAAAUAUGGGACUGUGA